AGGAGCGGCCGGAGCGCGAGGAUGAUGAUGCAGCGCGCGGGACAGAGCGCGGACACGCGGGGACAGCACCAGUUGCCGGAGUGUGCGGGCUGCAGUCAAACGAUCCUGGAUAAGUUCAUCCUGAAGGUUUUGGACAGACACUGGCACGCUCAGUGUCUGAAAUGUUCGGACUGUCACACGCUGCUGGCUGACCGCUGCUUCUCCCGCGCGGGGAGUGUGUACUGCAAGGAGGAUUUCUUCAAGCGCUUUGGGACGAAAUGCGCGUCCUGCCAGCAGGGCAUCCCUCCGUCGCAGGUUGUUCGGAAGGCGCAGGAUUUUGUUUACCACCUGCACUGCUUCUCCUGCGUGAUGUGCAGCAGGCAGCUGGCCACCGGAGACGAGUUCUACCUGAUGGAGGACGGACGACUGGUCUGCAAAUCAGACUACGAGACGGCCAAACAGAACGACGACUCAGAGACCGGAGCGAAGCGUCCUCGCACCACCAUCACGGCCAAACAGCUGGAGACCCUCAAGAGCGCCUACAAGAACUCCCCCAAACCCGCGCGGCACGUCCGCGAGCAGCUCUCCUCCGAGACUGGGCUGGACAUGCGUGUUGUUCAGGUGUGGUUCCAGAACAGAAGAGCGAAGGAGAAGAGGCUGAAGAAGGAUGCUGGACGCCAUCGCUGGGGUCAGUUCUACAAAAGUGUCAAGCGCAGCCGAGGAGGCAGUAAGGUGGAGAAGGAAAGCUCGGCAGAGGACGGAGGCCUGAGUGACAGCGAGCUCAGCUUCAGAGAGGAGCAGAUCCUGUCUGACCUCGGCCACGCUAACGGCCUGUACGGCAGCGUGGGGGACGUGUCCGGCGGAAGCGUGAUGAAUGGGGCUUUCUCUCUGGAGGGCGGUGGGCCGCCGUACCACGAGCUGCGGGCUGGAAGCCCCUACGGCCUGCCCCAGUCUCCCUCAUCGGUCAGCUCGCUGCCUGGCCACACGCCGCUGCUCAGCAGCCUGGGCUUCAGCAUGGAGGGGCUUGGGGGGGCAGGGCAGCCAGCCGGGGGUCAGGCACUUAGAGCAGGGGGCCCGACCUCUGACCUCUCCACAGGAAGCAGCACAGGUUACCCAGACUUCCCCACCAGCCCUGCGUCGUGGCUGGACGAGAUGGACCACUCCCAGUUCUGAGGUCAAAGGUCAUACAGGCAUAAAGUGAGCUCCUGAUGACAUGCAGUGAGGGGGGGGGGCGAACGAGAUGGACCAGUACAAAGGCAAGAAAAGGAAAAUGAAACAAGGACACUGGACUUUUUUGACCACUGGGCAACAUUUGUGCAGAAAGGGGCACCUUUCAUGGAACUUUAAUGGACUGACCGGUCAGUUACCCAGUCCAGCGUGAAAAAACUGACGGACGGAGCUCCUCCUGCACCGAAUGGCACACUGACGGUGCUCCACUGUACCAUAAUGUUGUUUUGUUUCUAUUUAUAUUUUAAGUCCUUUCAAGACUGGAUUCAGCAGUUUUGGUGGCAUGAAUCUGCGCCGAGGUUUUCCUGAAGCUACGAGCAGCAAUACUGACCACUGACCAUGUUAUACAUUAAAAAAAAAAGAGGCGGCCCAUGCAUGUUUCGGAAUGGCGAGCACCACCACGGUCUUUUACGAGCCUUGUGAUUGGCCCACGCACUUUAAAUCCCCCCGCCUUGCCACCGCACACGGCCAGCGACAGACGAGAGAGAAAUGCACAAACCCACAUUCAGCACCUGCAGCAGUGCGACAGGAGCAGCUUUCAUGUUCCCCACUGAAGACGUUUCGUCCUGUUCAUUAAUCAGAAAUCACAAUCUUUUUGAUUUGCCAACUACAGAAUGUAGAAUCUCUUGUGAUGAAGGUGUCGACAUAAAUUCCAAUAAGAUAAAAAAAUAUAUGAAAUAAAAUACACGAUUUAAAUCUAUAAGUAACAUAAAAGAAGCGCUUUUGGGAUGAUUCUUCAAUUGGGGCACUUUUUUGGCAUUUUUCCCCUGAUUUUCUCCCCAGUUAUUCGUGUCCAGUUCCUCCUGCUGGGUAGGCCUCACUUCAUCACAUGAUGCUAUGAAGCUGAAAGGGUGAAGGUCAGCAUGGGCUUCCUCUGAGACGUGAAGCUCCACCACAUUUUUUCAAACAAAUGAUUUCACAUUGUCAGGAAAGGUACAAAUGAGAACUAUACAGUAGUUCUAUAUAGAACCAUGAACACUCAGAGGGUUCUAUAGAGCA